UUUUGUCUUUACGUUUAAUUUCUUUUUCAAACUAAUCAUCUGUAUUGAUCGUCUGCCAAUAAGCGGCAGUAUUACUUGACAUCAGUGCUUUUCUUCAUACAAUUCCGAAUAGUUACGUGAAUGACUGCUCUAGCUAAUUUCCAUUACUACGGCUUCAUGACAAACUACGCUUUUUAAUAAAAAAAAAGAAAUACUUUUUUGCUGUCAUUAUUUCAUUCAUCUACAAAGUCGACCACUGUUUCAUAAAGUUUGAUUCUCUGUUAUUGAAAACACUUACUUUCGAUAACAGACAUGUCUUACCCAUACAAUAAACGUUCAUCAUCUCGUUCCCCCUCACGGUAUAGUAAAAGAUUUCGAGAACGAGACGACGACCUAUCAAUACGUCGUCAUCUCACAAGCAAAGAUACCGCUGAAAAUGAAUUGGAAAGAGAAAAUAAAUUUCUUCUCAUCCAGUACUACGAACGCGCUGCUCUGCGUCUGAGUCAAAAUCGUUCUAAACCGAUCGAUCAUUUGCUGGUUAGUAUCAGUACUAUCCUAGGUGUUGAUGAACGUGUUCGCCAUUUUGAGCCAGAUCUUAUGUCGGUUUGCGAUCCCAUAGACUUAAUUGAGAACAAUAGUGUUGAGGAACUUGAGACACUUGGUCAACAAUGCCUUGAACUGGAGCGGCUUGAAGGGGGCCAUCGUGAAAAACAAAAGUUUUGGUUGACAGUUCAUGACUUUGUUGAUCUGGAACUAAAAAAAGCCCGUGCAUCUCGGGAUUCCAAACGGUCUAUCGCAAUCGUUUUAGACGAUGUUCAAAAAUUGCUACAGGGAAAGUCACACGAAGCCCUUGUCCGUUUGGAGAAUCAAAUAAAGCAGAAGCUUCGGAGUAAUGCUCCCAUUGAUACCGAUUACUGGGAAGGACUAUUGCUUCAUUUAAAAGAAUUCAAGGUCCGGGCUUAUUUAUCAGAGCUUUUUAGCGAAACGUUACAACAAAACAGAACGAAACAAAAUGAAGAACAGCUACAGCAGGCCAAGGAUGAUUUACAUCAACUACAGCAAAUGAAAAAACUGGCAGAGAAUGAAUAUUAUCGCAUCAAUCUGGAUCCAGCACCUUUAUUACGGCAAGAACAGCUACCACAAGGCCUGAAGCCAAUUGAGGAAGAACAGUACACGCACAUGUUGGAAACGAAGAGAAAACGAGUUACGGAUGCCACUUAUAUUCCCUUGUUGAACAGUAAACCAAAGGUACGGACAAGCAAGUUAGUUAGUACAAGCAUCGAAGAAGACACUUUCUGGAGGAUGACAAAGGAGAGGCUUGAACGUGAAUACCUUAAAGCAGGCGACGCCGAUGAGGCUGACUUGGAAAAUGAAUUGGAGACCGAGCAAGCUCCUGUUUCAAUUAGCGCCAACGGCGUUUCCUUAAAAAAGCCAAAGUACUACAACAGGGUAUUACUCGGUUUUGAGUGGAAUUCUUACAAUCAAGCUCAUUAUAACGAAGAACAUCCUCCGCCCAAGGCUGUACAGGGAUACCGUUUCAACAUCUUCUACCCUGAUCUCAUUGGCACUGGUCGCGCACCUACUUACCGUAUUGAGCGCAAUCGGUCUCGCAAGCAGAGAGACGAACAGCAGACGGAGGAAACUUGUGUGAUUCGUUUCAUUGCCGGUGAACCGUAUCAGGACAUUGCGUUUCGAAUAGUUGACCGAGACUGGGACUACAGUUCAAAGCGCCACCGUGGUUUCAAAAACAGUUUCGAGAAUGGUGUACUUUGUCUACACUUUCAGUUUAAACGUGUUUACUAUAAAAAGUAAGUGCAUUUUAGUGCUAAAGGUUACAUCAUGUCAAACACACACAGGAGGGAGAAUAGGACCCCCCCAUCAAUGUCCUAGUCAAUUUAAUCUUUCUGUGUUUCUGAGUUAGAAUUAGGUUCAGGUACGAAACUCUGUAUCAGAAAUUCUGUUAUCGAACAUAACACAUACUCGUAAAGCUUUUACGGUUGCAACGGUACCCAUAAUACAACUGGCGCCGAAUGCCGUGUACAAGGUGUACGCCCAGUAUUUGCUUUUCGGCCGCUAUUUAGAGGUUAGUAUUACCAAUUCACCAGAAAACCGUCAUUUCGUCCUUCAGAGCACGAGCUAACUAACCCUUAAAUGCGUCGGUUUCGAUGAUGCUUGAGUCGCACGUUGAAGAUAUGGAACUCUGUUCUUAAAACUAGAAAACCUGUUAGAUGCUGCAAUCACUAAAUCCCCAAUCUCGAUUCUCAAAACUGUUUACACUUCAAAACGCACUCUUUACUUACAUAGACCUCGCUAAUGGAGUCAACCGGACCAUUGUAAAAUCAAUGAUUUGUAUAAUUCACAACUACGAACUGAGCAAUUUGUUUAAUACUGGGAAUACAGCCGCCGCCAUCAUCAUCAUUUGUACAGCAGCUGCCGACACUGUCAAUGAC